GGCAGAGGGCGCGUGCGCGCGGUGCGGCAGGGGCGGGCGCCGGGGUGCGGCCGGGUCGAGGGUCCUGCCACCGCCCCGGGAGCUGCGGCCGCCGGCGGCGCCGGAGGUUUCUCUGGCAGGACAGAAAACAGUGUGGAAAACUGUAAAAGGCACUGAGAAGUCCAAGUAGGUCAUUCACUGCUGAAGGGCAAUAGGAAUGAAGUCUCCUGUUUAACUUUUUUACUCUUUCUUGGCAUGUGUUCUAAGAGUCUGGCACUAAAACAAUGCCUUAUUAAAUGAAAAUCUUGGUGCAAGUGUUCUGGAGUAAUAGAUGCAGUCCUGCUGUCAGCUUUUGCUGGACUCUGUUUCUGGGUAAAGAAUGCAGACUAUAAAGUGUGUAGUUGUUGGAGAUGGUGCUGUGGGAAAAACUUGUCUUCUCAUCAGCUAUACCACCAAUGCCUUCCCAGAAGAGUACAUCCCUACUGUGUUUGACAACUACAGUGCCCAAAUGACUGUUGAUGGCCGGACUGUUAGCCUGAAUCUCUGGGACACUGCAGGCCAGGAGGAAUAUGAUCGCCUGCGCACUCUCUCAUAUCCUCAAACCAAUGUAUUUGUCAUCUGUUUCUCCAUUGGUAGCCCCUCUUCCUAUGCAAAUGUGAGGCACAAAUGGCAUCCUGAAGUUUCUCACCACUGUCCAAAUGUUCCCGUUCUUUUAGUGGGCACGAAGAGAGACUUAAGAAAUGACCUGGAAACAGUCAAAAAGUUGAAAGAGCAAAGCUUGGCUCCCACUACCCCGCAGCAGGGAACUUCACUGGCUAAACAAAUUGGAGCAGUCAAAUAUUUGGAGUGCUCAGCAUUGAAUCAGGAGGGUGUUCGUGAGGUGUUUGCUGAAGCUGUGCGUGCAGUUCUGUAUCCUGUGACAAAGAAGAACACAAGAAAAUGUGUCUUAUUGUAGUUACCUGGAGUGAUGGAGGUUCACAAUUGAAUACUGACUAGAAUCUUGGAGGGCUCUUCAAUGAGUUAAAUUGAAGAUUCGCAUCUUGCACUAACAGCUCUAAGCAGAAAUGCUUUAUACAACGAAUAUUCUUGCAGUCUUAUUGCUUCAGGGAAACUGAAACAGAGGGGUUUUUUUUCUAGGUGAGAGGUCAAAUAUCUACUUUAUUUCUAAAGUUCCAGUCUCCAGCUUCUCCAAGGAUCACUUGGCUUUUGUCCUAAUUUUGUGAGGAAAAUAAAAGAAGGUACUUCUUUGAAGACAGACUUCUUUACUAGAUAGACAUCAGUUACUAGAUUUGUUGAAAAGCACAGAUUAUGAUAACUUUGCUCUAAGUAUAGCUGCUGCUUUUCCCAUCCCUUAUUUUACUGAUCUGUUUUACAAACAGAAGUCUGACUAUGCAGUUCUUUUGAUUUGUCAAUUUAAGUCUUGAAAACAAUUUGUUUACAUGCAAAAAUGCCUGAAAUAUUUCUGAGAUUUACCUUAGAGUGAACUGUGAUCAUUUAUAUGAAGAGUUAGCAUACGGUGUGUUUAAUGUAGUGAGCAAGACCCAGGGAACACCUGCAGUGAUUUUAUUGAUAGAGGUAGGAGCUGAUUUCUCCUAAUGUACAGAAUUUAGGAUAAUGAUGAAUCACUGAAAUUAGCAAUUUUCAUACUUUUGAAUUGGAGAGGUGAAAGAGUAGUUUAGAUGCAAGUCUUUCAUAAUAAUCUAAACUGAGUUUUGAUUUCACUCUCCAAAGAUAUUUUGCACCUUGAGAAUAAAGUUCAGUUACCUUCUCAGACUGCCUGAGGUAGUUGCAAUGACACUUCUCAAAACAAGAUUUUCAGUGUGAUACCUUUCAUGAAUCCUAGAGACUUGAUAGCAGUCCAUUUGCUCUUGAGGAAUUCAUUGCUUCACUUCUUACUGUUCUUGGGCCACCACCUGAGAUUUUUAUGGCAUAUUGCUUUGUUGCUUUUCUGGGAGAACAUUGACAGAAAAUUCGGAGGUUCUGUUUACAGGAACCAGGAACCCUUGUUUCUUCCUGGCAACUCACUCAUGGCAUCAGUUAAAUUUAUAAUGGUUAGUCAGUCACUGAAUAGAUUUCCUUGGGCAGUUUUUUCUUUCUAGUAGGUGAUCACUUAACAUAAACUCUUUUAACUGAAGUUCUAUUUACAUCCUUUUUAACUUUGUUUAGCGUCUCUAGUGAGUGGCAGCUGACUUUUACUUUCAGGGUGCACUGUUCAUGAUGUGGCAUUCUGGGACCAGCUGAGGAGUGAGUGCAUGAAACCUUCCUUAGACUUAACCUUACAGCUUGGUGGUAUGAAAGCAGCAUGCUUCAAAGCUACUUUGUGUGAAACCAGUGGUGCUGGACUGAGCUUUGUUGUCUGAGGUUGACAGUGCUGUCUUUGUCUGGGUGCAGCCUCAAUGGGUAAUUCAGAACUUGCUUUCUUGUGAUUCCCACACAUGCAAAAGUGCACUGGUGUGUAUCCUGGACAGAAAAAAAGCCUCAUUUUAGCAUGAGAACACAGAGUACAUCAAGAAGGGUUUAGGGAUAUUGUGUUAAUUUGACCUUGCUUCAUCUGAUACAUGCAAAAAUACCAGGUGGAUAGAAACAUUCAUAUUUGUGCCCUAAUUCCCUUUGAGGAGAAUGUGCCCUUCUUCAGCUGGUUUAACUGAUGCUCCAGUUUUUGUGUAUCUGAGAUAUGCUUGUAUUGGUAUUGCUUUAGCAAACUGCAACCCAUAAUUUAUAAACUGCAGUUAAUCCAAAUACUGGUAUAUGUGUCUAGUGAACCAAUGCAGAGGUCCAAAUGUUGCCUUAUUGCAAGCAACACCCAAAUACCUGUUAUGUAUGUUUGCAGAAGCCUACGGACUCUGCGUAUUUUUCUUCACCAAGUGCCAUUGCCCCUCUUGCAUUCAUGGAAAUGCUGUUCCAGAUGUGGCUCCUGUUGCAGUGCCCUGCAGGCUUGUGAGGCUGUAGUAUUUUAGUUAGGUAACCUCUACUCACCAUGUUCUGCCUUUACUUUUGUAGUAGGCCUUUACUGUGAGCUUGACUUGGAGGUAGUAAUUAACUGUGCCUUGUAAUUCUGGAUUAUUUUCUGUAGGUAAAUUUCAGUAACUGCAUAAAAAGGCUUUAUCUUGUUUACAAUAUAUUUAUGUAAGCCAGUGCACAUGGGUGUUUUUAAUGCUAGUCAGGCCUAAAUCAACUGUGUAGUCACCCCAGUGCAAGCCCCUUUGCUUCAUUCAGAGAUGUACUUCGAAGUGUUUGUGACAUGUUUGAACUGCUCUUAAAUAGACUUAAUUUCAACAACAGGCACCUCUUUCCCCUACCCCCUUCUUUGCUACAUAUAUUUGCAAUUUUGUACUGAAACUACUACUGUUUUAAAAAGUUUUUACUUUUUUACAUACUGAAAUCUUUUAGUUCUGCAUAUUUUGUGGUUAUUCUGAACUGGAUGACAAUAACUGUGUGGAGAAGAAAUCUUGUGAGCAAGCAUUACUACACACCCCUCCUGUUCCUGUAGACUCACAGAGAAGCCAACCUGGUGUUAACUGGAAGAGAGUGUAUUAAGAUAAAAUUAAUCUACUUAAUCAGUUUAUUUGAAUUGAUUACAUUAUUGUAGAACCCUUUAUCCACAUCUAGAUUACUUACUAAAUGGAUCACACAGCAGUACGGAUGAGAAUAAUAUGAUAAUAAUGAAAACAAGCAGAAGGUGAACUUUGAACACUAUCAGAAACUUUAGGGGAUUUGGUGUACCUCAUUAGCAGUUGCUUAGGUGUCAUGUGUUCCUGUUGCUUUCUGCCAGGAGCAGAAGCCCUGCUUUGCUGACAGCUCAGCUAGUUUUCUCCAGCCUCUGCUCUUCAUGAGAAAGAGCUUCAGGAGCACACAGAUACAAUGAGCUUUUCCAUUCAAUGGGCAUUCUAAGUUUGUGAUCUUCCUUUCCCUCCCUGCCUACAAUUCUUGAUGCAUUUUACUGUAAGUAGUCCAGUGCUUCAGUCUACAGGCUGUUCUGUGCCUUCCACAUGUUGUUUUGGUUUUUCUCCAGUGGGCAGGAAGCAAAUACAGACUUCACACAAUGCCACAGCUGGAUUUUACCAAAUUUUUGGUUUUGUUUUAAUCAAGAACAUUUUGGGAGAUCAGAAAACACGAGUUAAGCUGUGUGGGUUUUCUCUACUGUUCAAGAUUCCUCAGUUUGUUACUGAUAGGAAUGCAGUGUGUAUGCCUUAAUUCACAGAAGAGACUCUAUGAAGAGGCUGAUUUUGAUUUUUCAGUGCAUGAAUGAUUUCUGAAAUAAGUGGUUAUUUGAAAUAUAGCUGAAGCCAUCCACAAGGAACUGAGCGGUACAGGAGUUGUGUGACCAGAGGAUGAUACGGGGUGUGCUUAGAUGUGCAAGUGCUUUCUCCAGUUUACGGCGGAGCUAUUUCUAUGGAACCUAAGGGGGAUGGGCCUCCCCGUGCUGCCUCCCAGUGCUGAACCUUGCUCGUGGUGCUGCCUGGGCAGACUGCGAGGAGCCAAUGGACUGAGGAGCGCCCAUCGGCGUCGGGAGCUCAGGACUCCAAGUGUGGUACUGAUACAUACACUGGCGACUUGAUUUUAUACUAUAAACUUGUAUUACAGCUAACAGUUUUAAAGGAUUUUUUGUUGUUGUUUUUGGUUUAAAUUAUGCAGAAUUAUGUUGCAAUAAACAUUUUCUCCUCUUUCUGUG